GCAUCAUCAUUUCCCACCGAACCACAUCCACCCAAAUCUCCCUCACAUCCCAACAUCCAUCGCACGCUUCCUCAGCUUUUACCCUUAUACUGUCACUGAAAAAGCACGACACGAAAAAACAUGAUGCUGACAACAUCGUUCUUCUCGCACGAAAUGCCGCACUACUCUGCAUAUACGCCACCGCGAUCAUCACCACUCUCCGAGCGCUCUGCAAAUGCAAGCCCACGAGCCUUCAACUUCACAAUGUCGUCACCCCUCAAAGAGAAACCUGCGAUGCCGCAACGCGCCUUCAAGGCCAAUCCGGUGAUGCAGACGCGCGACGCCACCACAAAGCGAAGGAGGGACAUGUUCUUCAAGCGCGUGCAGAACAAUCGAGACGACAAGAAAUGGGAAUCACGGGGCGAACAGAUUCAGCAAUUAGACUUCGUGGCUGAGCGCAAACGAUGGGAAGCCCAAAAAGCGCGUCAAGCACCCCAAGAGAACGAUGACAUCAUCGAAUACAUGUUGGACGAUGCGGAGCUUCCUGAACUCCCGAAUUACGCGCCUCAACACGAUCCCGAGAUGACCGAAGCCGAUUACGUCGCUGCACAAGAGGAGUAUGAACUUGAACAAUUGAUCGCGUCGAUGGAGCAAGAAUCGGAUGCACGAUCACAGCAUUACGGUAGCGACGAUGACGACUACGACGCGAUAUUCAUGGAGUGCGCGACGGCGGGGCAUGAUCAAAAUCAGCAGCAACCGCAACACGCACAAGACGCGUUUGGAGGUGAAGACAUGAUGGACAUGGACAUGACCGACGGCUGAAGGCUGUCCAAGAAAGGAACAUCGAUACGUUGAUAAUAUUGGUCCUGGGAUGACGGCUUGAAGGCUUUGUACAUGUUGUAAGACAGGAUUGUUGACAGGUCAUCAAGAUAAUUUACCUAGGGGAAGGCAUCAUGUAUACAUUGGGUAUCUGGAAAGAAUCAAGCAGACGAGCUAUCGCACAAGGAGAUUACUGAGUCGGGCAGCCCUGAUCCAUAUCCUGAAGCGCCUCCUGCGCAGCGUUCAUAUCGCCGACAAGGUCGGGUGGGGGAGAGCCAGCGGCUUGCAUCUUCUGCAUCCUCUCCACAAUAUACUCCCUGUCCUGUGCGUUGUCGUCACUGUACCCUUUCCUUUCAAACCUCCCUACAAUCUCCCUAACCAAAGUCUGCUGUUCCUCGUAUCUCUUCAGGUCGUCCUUCUCUGUCUUUUCCU